CGAACAUUUGCACCUGAUCUGGUGAAAAAAAAAAAAACAAUCAUCAUUCAGUCUCUUCAGAGGUUUAACUAGGCAGAGAAAAAUGAGGUCAUCACCGGACAAAGAGAUGAGCAAGAACUGCCAUGCAUGGGCAGCGAGAGAUGAUUCGGGGCUUCUCUCUCCUUACGAAUUUGAGCGAAGAGGCGUGGAAAGCGACCAUGUAUCUGUGAGAAUCACUCAUUGCGGCAUCUGCUACGCUGACGUGGUGUAUACCCGCAACAAGAUGAAGAAAACCGUGUAUCCUUUGGUUCCCGGGCAUGAGAUCGUGGGGAUUGUAACAGAAGUGGGUGGCAGCGUUGGCAAGUUCAAGAUCGGAGACUAUGUUGGUGUCGGAACCUAUCUGGACUCAUGCAGAGCUUGCGAGAAUUGCGAGGAUGCGCAAGAGAUUUAUUGCUUAAAGGGAGUCACGAUGACAAUCAAUGGCACUUAUCAGGAUGGUUCGAUUACACAAGGGGGAUAUUCUAGUUUCAUAGUCGUCCACGAGAGGUAUUGCUACAAAAUACCCGAGAAGUAUCCCCCAGCUCUAGCAGCACCUUUGCUAUGUGCCGGAAUCACAGUCUACUCUCCAAUGAUUCACCACAAGACGAACGAACCUGAAAAAUCCAUAGGAGUCAUCGGACUUGGCGGGCUCGGUCAUAUGGCUGUGAAGUUUGCUAAGGCCUUUGGAUUGACUGUCACUGUUUUCAGCACCAGCAUCUCCAAGAAAGAUGAUGCCUUGAGUCUGCUAAAAGCAGACAAUUUUGUGAUCUCAUCUGACAAGGAACAAAUGGCCGCUUUGUCAAAAACUCUGGACUUCAUAAUCGACACGGCAUCUGGCGACCACCCAUUUGAUCUAUACCUAUCACUGCUUAAGAUAGGAGGAGUGUUGGCUUUGGUUGGCUAGCCUGGUGAAGAGAUAAAAGUCAAUCCGCUCAGCCUUCUCGUGGGUAUGAGGACCGUUUCCGGAAGUGCAGUUAGCGGUACAAAGCGAACCCAACAGAUGCUUGAAUUCUGCGCCGAGCACGAGAUAUAUCCCGAGGUUGAAGUCGUUCCCAUUCAAUGUGCGAACGAAGCUCUUGAUAGACUUUGAAAGGGCGACGUGAAGUACCGCUUUGUAAUAGACAUCGAGAACUCAUUGGAGUGAUUUGAUUCAGCUUACUAAAUCACUUUAUGUUUAGUGGAAGCAAUAAUGCAGGAAAUAAGAGUGUAAUGACAGUAAUAAGUAGGCAGUGGUCCUUUCAUUAUAAGUGUUUGCCUCCUCCUUUCUAAUAAAAAGUCCAAAGUUACUUA